AUGGUCAUCGACCCAAUCGAAGCGGAGCGACAGUUCAAGAUCGACUUUUUCGAAUUCUACACAUUGCUGGAGCGCGGACUGGUGUGUUUGCUUGCCGUUUGGGGGAUUGUGAUUACUUCUGCUGUUGCGCCGGCAAGCAGAAACCGAUUGAGUGAUCAUGGACCUUCGCCCCAAAACAACAACGCAACCAAAAAUCAUUCCGAUCCCAUCAUAGGCGACUCGCGCACAUUUCAUGGCGUCGCUCACCGGUUCCACGCCAACGUGCUCGACGCCCUCGACCACCCUUCGAACCCUUUGUACCCAGUUCUCGGUGCCGGGUCGGGAGACGCCAGAGCAUAUAUCGGCGUGGCCAAGGAAUUUCGCAACAAAUGGAAGGAUGUGGAGCAGCGACCUGACGACUCUUUCGUUGGCGACGAGCGUGUCGAAGAGGAGUGGGACCGUGCAAAGGUCAAACGCUACGAAAAGGUGUUGCAGGAUCUGAGACUUGAUGAACUGUUGGGGACGGUGCUGGCUGCGCUUGAAGAGGCUGGAAAACACGCAGAGGCCGAAGUGGCUAGAUUGGAGAAUCUGUUGGGCAACAGUGCCGCGGUGGACGCGAGGAAUAGUAGGCGCGCCACUGCUGCUGCUGCCGCCGAAACAAGUGGUCAGGACGGUGACUUCGAUAUGAUGGAUGCCCCGUUCGAGGUUGCUUCUGGUAUUGCUGGCGUGGCUGUGCCUGAACAGUCCCGGGACAAUGGCAAUGGGAGUGCGAAUGGUUACGGGUACGCGUACGAGUAUCGGUAUGAUCAUGACUAUGAUGAGAUGGAGUUUUGA